AAGUCAGAAGAUAUUUUGCAAUUUUCACUUAGAAAUAUAGGGUUUCGUUUCACUUUCUCAUCUCCAUCACUCACAACAACAUCUAGAGCUCUCUCUCCAUUAGGGUUUUUACAAUCGUUUCCGAUCUUCAAUCGCCGCCACCGUUUGAGAACAUACCGCCAUCACUAAAGAUGGAACAUGGAGAAGUGAACUUGCAAGGAGUUGAAGAAGUGAACUUGCAAAGAGCAGUCGAAGGUAGCUUGCAAGAAGCUGGAAGUGGAAAUGCUAGCUUGCUUGGAGUGAUUCAAGUGCCGGAACAUUCUGUUUCCCAUGCUGAACCUACACAAGCAGAAUCCACACUUCCUCCUCUUCCCCCUGCUAGGAAAAAAAGACUAGUUAAUGCUAGUGGAACUAGGAAAACCUCGUCGGUUUGGUUAGAUUUUAACAUUUUACCGGAUGAACCUGAACCAAUAGCCGCGUGUAAACAUUGUCAUAAACGAUACCGAUGUGAUCCUAAAACACAUGGAACCUCCAACAUGUUAGCUCACUCAAAAGUGUGUCACAAAAACCCCAACCUUUUACAAAAAGAUCCCACACAAAGAAACCUUGUAAGUGGCGAGGGAGGUUUUUUAGGUUCAACAAGCCAAAGGUUCAAUGCUCAAUCAUGUAGGAAUGCUAUUACUUCCUUUGUACUUCUUGAUGAGCAUUCCUUUAGAGUGGUUGGGGGUGAGGGUUUUAAGAGACUAUGCAAACAACUACAACCACAAAUGACUAUCCCUUCAAGGAGGACUGUUGCUAGGGAUUGUUUUAAGCUUUACCUAGCCGAAAAGCUAAAACUUAAAGCUUUUUUAAAUCUGAUUGUGCCAGGGUUGCACUAACCACAGAUUGUUGGACUUCAAUUCAAAAUCUUAGUUACAUGGCCAUAACUGCACAUUUCAUUGACAAUGAAUGGAACUAUCAUAAAAAGAUAAUCAGUUUUAGCUUAGUUCCAAAUCACAAGGGUGACACCAUUGGUAAAAGAGUUGAAGAUGUUUUGAAGGAAUGGGGUCUUAAGAAAGUGUCAACAAUAACCCUUGACAACGCAACAUGUAAUGACGCGGCUGUUUCUUACUUGGGAAAAAGACUUAGGAGCAAGAAUGCUUUAAUUGGUGUAGGGAGUUUUUUUCAUAUGAGGUGUGCUGCCCACAUAUUAAAUUUGGUAGUGAGAGAUGGACAAAAAGAUCACGAGUUGUCUAUUGAAAGUGUUCGCAAUGCUGUUAGGUUUGUGAGGUCCUCACCACAAAGAGCUUUAAAGUUUAAGGAGUGUGUAGAAAUUGUAGGAAUAACAUGUAAAAGAAAACUUGGUCUUGAUGUUUCCACACGAUGGAACUCCACCUUCUUGAUGUUGGAUGCUGCCGAGAAGUUCCAAGCAGCAUUUGAAAAGUUAGAGGAUGAAGAUCCGGGUUACAUGGAGUUUUUUGACCUUUCUGGUCCACCUUGUUCUACUGAUUGGGAAAAAGUUAGGGCUUUUGUGAUUUUUUUGAAAACAUUCUAUGCAGCAACCAAGUUGUUUUCAUCUUCGCAAGAAGUGUCGUUACAUUUAGCCUUUCAUAAUUUGUCGGACAUUUUGUGCAAGCUUCAAGAAGCGUCCUUGGACAUGAAUUCAUAUGUGGCUCCAAUGGUUUCAAAUAUGAGGAUCAAAUAUGAUAAAUAUUGGGGGGAUGUUGAAAAAGUGAAUCAUUUUCUUUAUUAUGGAGUUAUCUUUGACCCAAGGUUUAAGUUCGGUUAUGUUCAAUGGUCUUUCAAUGACAUGUAUGGGGCUGACAGUGAACUUGCUAAGAAACAUAUUGAGUGUGUCAAAAAAAGUCUAUUUAACUUGUACAAUUGGUAUAAAUCUGAGCAUGAUAAGGUUGUUGGGGCUGCCCUCUUAGAUGCACCAUCUGGUAGCACUCCUCGUGGAGAAACAUCUACCCAAACUAGUAAAUCAUCACUUUUUACAAGGGCUGAUGCUUUUAAACAACACUUGAAGGAGAAAGACACCAUUGAUAAUCAAAAUGAACUAGAGAAGUACCUAGGUGACCCGUGUUGGGGAGAUGCUGAAGAUUUUAACAUUCUUAAAUGGUGGAAGGAGAAUUCCACUCGUUAUCCCAUAUUGGCUACUUUGGUUAGGGAUGUUUUGGCAACACCUGUUUCAAGUGUAGCAUCUGAAAGUGCUUUCAGCACUGGGGGGAGAGUUUUAGACACGUAUAGGAGUUCUUUGAGUCCGGCAAUGGCCGAGGCGCUUAUUUGUUCUCAAAAUUGGUUGAUGCCUUCUGACGAGAGCGAAUCAAAUGUCCUUGAUCUGCUUGAAGAAUAUGACAUAACAGAUUCAAUAUGUUCAGAAUUUCGUGUAGGUGUUACCAUUGGAGCAACUGCUCCUGAGCAGGCUGGGCCUGUUUAAUCCACCUCUAGGAACUUUUUUGGAGUCAUGAAUGACUCAACUUUUUGAAGUCCAAACACACAACCAACCUACAUCAGUUUCGCACAUCAAUUCCUGCACUGGGGUCGUUUGACAAGGAUAUUGAUUUUUGGAAUAUUGAUUUUUGUGGGAUAGAUUGCGGAAUACUUUUGGAUUUCUGGCAUCAGUCUCUUUAGGGUCUUUGCAGCCUCCUGUCAUUCCUGAUUCUUUGACAACUUUGUCCCAGUAUCUAAGUCACAUGAGCCAUGAAUUUGAUGCAAUUGUCAGAGAAGGGGAGAAUAAUGCCCAAACAGUUGAGGCUCAUAGUAAUGGUGAAAUGGGAUCUGUUUCUUCACGUCUGGGUUCAACACCGGAAAAUAUUUCAUCACCCGCAUCCUUGGCAGAAGUGCAUACUUGGAAUAUUAAUUUGGAAUAUUGAUUUUGUUCUGCAGUAUUGGGAUGCUUGCAGGAGAAAUUGAGGAGUCUCUUAUUGCAGCUUGGAACAAUAGCUCCCAGUAUGGAAGUAUGAUGAUGAACAAAAUUAUCAUUAGUGUUGGUUGUGUUAAUGUGUUGGCUUUUCAUGUUAAUUUUUAUAUCAAGGAUGAUUGUAAUUUAUAUAUUAACACAGUAUUUAAGCUUCAACAAAACUGAAUGUCAAUUGAAUGUCUAAUUUUAAUAUAAUUAUGAAGGAUGAAUGUUUAUUAUAAAUUUUAAAUUUUUCAGCAAUAUCAUUUAUGAUAUAUGAUUUUUUUGAAUUGUCAAAGAAAACAAUUAUUUGAUUGAAAAGUAAUCCGAUCUAACCGAACCGUACAAACCGGUAAUCCGACAAAACCGUAACCCGAUCAAACCGAAUGUGUUUUGGUCGGAAUUGGGCUUUAAUAUGACACCCGAGGUUUGGGCCGGAUUGAGCUUUUGGGCCCGAAUCCAAUCCUACCCGACCGGUUGUCCACCCCUAGUUUGUCCCUUCCAUUUUCAAAGGGACGUCUUUAUAUAAUAUACCAAAUGCAAAUAAAUUGACACUUAAUGCUUAUUCUUUUAGAUGAUCUUGACUCGCCCUCAAGUUCUUUAAAAUAAAUGUUUAGUUUGUCUUGAAGAAAAUUAAUUAUAUGAAAUGAUUUUAUAAAAUUGAUUUUUUUAAAAAGUGAAACGAAAAUAGA